AUGCGAAUAAGCACAUUGACGAAACCGAUCGUUCUUCUCUCGAUCGCACUCUUAAGCACUCUUCUCUUCUUCGCAUUCUUUUUCGAGGACAAGCCUUACUCAUCAUCAUCUCCCUCUUCUUCACAAGACUCCAUGGCUCGACGAACCUUCAUCUUGUGGCUUCACGGUUUGGGAGAUUCCGGACCUGCCAACGAACCCAUCAAGACUAUUUUCAAAUCCCAUGAGUUUACAAACACUAAGUGGCUCUUCCCAUCCGCUCCUCCUAAUCCAGUCUCCUGCAAUCAUGGUAUGGUGAUGCCUUCUUGGUUUGAUAUCCGUGAGCUUCCUCUUACCGCGGGAUCUCCGAAUGAUGAAAGCAGCGUGCUUGAAGCUGUUAAGAACGUUCAUACCAUUAUAGAUAAGGAGAUUGCUGGAGGAAUUAAGGCAGAAAACGUGUAUAUCUGUGGAUUCAGCCAAGGAGGGGCAUUAACCUUGGCUAGUGUUCUGCUUUACCCUAAAACUCUUGGAGGAGGUGCAGUCUUUAGCGGAUGGGUUCCAUUUAACUCUUCUGUCAUAAAUAAGUUUACCAAAGAUGCUAUUAAGACACCAAUUUUGUGGUCUCAUGGGAUUGAUGACAAGACUGUAUUAUUUGAAGCUGGUCAAGCAGCUCUUCCUUUCCUUCAACAAGCUGGUGUCACUUGUGAAUUCAAGGUUUAUCCAGAUCUUGGACACUCAAUCAGUAAUGAGGAGCUUCAGUAUCUGGAGUCAUGGAUCAAACAAAGGAUGCAGAGUACUUCAUCUUCUUCUUCUUCUUCUUAA